UUGGGUCCUGUAGAGCCAAUGAGCUGGGACCGGAUACGAUAUAUCCUCUGGGACAACAGCUACUCUGUUCACCCCCUUCACUUCCACAUGACGCCAUUUACAGCAUAAACCCGACCUCCUCCUCUCCGGAAAGACGAAAAAAACACGAGCAGAGAAACUUGAAAGCGCCACAGUGUGCCAUGCAGCCAAACAUUGAGCUCGCGCGCCGCAACGCUUCUUCUUGAGAAACUAUACUUUUGACGAACUUUUUUCAUUUUAUGGCUUCAUAAACUCAACUCUUGCAGUUAUUUGGAACUUAUUUUGUGUUUCCCCGAUAUAUCGACAGAAGUUUGGCGCUGUACACGCGCUCCGCUUGGAAUAAAAUCCAGACGUUCGUUUCGCGAGAAGGACGCGCGAUUGCGAUUAUCGGAAUUUUUGUGAAUGAAUCUCCCAUGAACUGAGGACAUACCAAAGAGAAAUUCCUACUAGUAGGAUAUACUCUUCACGACACAGGGGGUUGAGGUGGUGAGAUCACGGACUUCAGAUGUGUUCAAUGCCAGCCAGAGGGUUCCCACUUCAGAGUAAAGAUGGAGACAAGAGCUCAAAAUGGUGGCAGCGGCUCUUCUGGUAUCCUGCGAGCUUUGCGUGACACCGGAAGACCCCAGACAGGGGACUCUGAGCCCCCGGAGGGUCAGGUGCUCUCCCUGGACCAGAUCAGGACCAUCCGGGGCAGCAAUGAGUACACGGAGGGCCCGACGGUGGCGCCCCGACCGCCUGCCUCCCAGCAGAAAACGGACUCGCAACCUUCCAGCCCGACUUCAACCACCUCCGGUGAGGACAGAGACUCACCGAGGACCCAACAAGCCGGGCAGCCGUCUCCUCAACAGCCCGCUCGGACGCCAAGGAGCGGCAUAAGCCGAUCCAUCAGUGCCACCAGCGAGGUUUCGCACAGUACAGCCAGGACCAGCACGGGGAGCACCUCGUCCGAGCAAAGACUUCUGGGAAACGCGCCAGGGACGGGCGAUCAGAUCGUCAGGGUGCAACCCAAGCGUUUGGAAGUGAAACAGGAUGAGCUGAAGCCCCUUACGGUUGUCCCAGCCAAGGCUGGCGACGGCAAGCACUCCAAUCGCUGCGAGGACUGCGGCCGGUGCAAGUGCAAAGAAUGCACCUGCCCUCGGACCCUGCCUUCCUGUUGGAUGUGCGGCCGCAGAUGCCUUUGCUCGGCGACCACGGCAAUGGACUACGUAACUUGCGUGUGCUGUGUCAAAGGCCUGUUCUACCACUGCUCCAACGACGAUGAGGAUAUGUGCACGGACAAGCCUUUCUCUUGCAGCCAGUCGCAUUGCUGCAUCCGGUGGUCGGCCAUAAGCGUCUUGGCUCUUUUUUUGCCCUGCCUGCUCUGCUACCUCCCAGUUAAGGGUUGCGUGGCAAUGUGCCAGGCGUGCUACGACUGCACCAAUCGGCCCGGGUGCCGCUGCCAUAACAAAAAAGUUGACACAAAGUAGGCUCGGUUCCAGGAGUAGCACUGGGAAAAUAACAUUAACCGGGACUGUCUCGAAUUACCUGCAGCCAGAGGGAUGCAAACAUUUGCGUUGCAGUUAUGGCACCGUCGACCAAAAGGUGACAUUGGGUUGGCAAAAACUGGUUUGAAGUGGUUUGCUUGUUUGUCUUUUUUUGCUUUUCUUUUAUCCUCCGUCUCUCUCACACUCUUUACGAGGGGAAAAUGUUUGUUUCGGCGACUUUCCUCUGUUCUUUCUUUUGUUUUGUUUUUAAACUGAAGUCCAGAAUGUUAGCCCUAUUGACAUUCAGUAAUAUGACUGAUAUAAAGGUGACAGACUCCCCUAACUAACUGUUUGUGAAUAGUAUCUGCAAAGUAUGUAAAUUAGCAAAUGAGCUCUUUUUCUCUGAGAGAUUUUAUUUUUGUACAUAUAAUAUUUCAACUGUGAAAAGCAUUGUGCCAAACCUUAGGCACCUUGACAGAUCCAUAUAUAUGAUGCAUAUAUAAAACUUGUAUAGUGUCGUACAUUCGUUUCGAAUGUAUAUCAAUCACUUUUUAUUGAUAUUUCGCCUUAUAGAAGUGAAACCUUACAUGAAUUAUCCCUAUAGCUAUACCUGUAAAUUGUACAGUGACCCUAAGAAAACUUUAUUUUCUAAUUUCAACACAUUGUUUAGUGUAAAAAAAUAUUUAUUUGAAGUUUUAUUAUUUUAUAAAGUAAUAUUUAUUUUGAGAGGCAUCUUUAUAGGCAUCACCCCAAAUUUUGAGACGAAUAAACCCUUCCUCUGUUGUUGCUGCAAAAAAAAAAAUGGGUGACUGGGGUGUCGAAUCAGAUGCAUAUGUUCACUAUAAAAUAGUAAAUAUAUUAACGUUUUGAAAUUAAACAA